AUUAAACUCAGAAGAGGAAGCCUGCGUCCGUUCAGAUUUUACCGACCAGAACACCGGAGCAGACAGCGGAGAGAGUUAGCUAGUUUGCGUAACACCCGAACAGUUACUUUGUUCAGCUAUGGACCGACACCGGAAACCGUUCGAGGAGGCUUUAAACCCGAAAACGAAGCUGCGAGGAGAAGUUUUACCUUCAGAUGUCCAGAAAGUGAUUGUUGGUGAAGAACAUCAGCAGGAGUUGAGCUCCAGUCUGGACCAGGAGCCCCCCCACAUUAAAGAGGAACAGGACGAACUUCAGGCCAGUCAGGAUGAAGAGCGGCUUCAACGGCUGGAGGAGGUGGAUAUCACAAAAUUCCCAUUUUCUCUUUUCCAUGUGAAGAGUGAAGAGGAUGAAGAGAACCCUCAAUUCUUACAGCUUCAUCAAACUGAACAAAUGAAAACAGAAGCUGUUGGAAAGGACUGUGGAGGACCAGAGCCAGCCAUGAACUCAGAUCCAGAUACACAUUUACAACCAGAUACCUACGAGACUAGAGAAUCAUCUGAACCUGAAACUGAUGACAGUAAUGACUGGAAGGAGACCGGAGAUCCUCUUUUAGGUUCAAACUCUCUGAACGAUAAAGUCCCGGUCAGUGAUUUGAAAUCUAAUCCUGGUGAGAAAGAGGACCUGAAACGAUUUGGCACCAGUGGACAUCUGAAGACAUCUCAAACAGGAGAAAAGCCAUUCAACUGCUUAGUCUGUAGCAAAGCUUUUACUGUGAAUGGAAGUUUACAAAAACACAUGAAAAUCCACAGAGGGGAGAAACCAUUCAGCUGCUCAAUAUGUGAGAAAGCUUUUACAGAGAAUGGAUAUUUACAAACACACAUGAGAACCCACACAGGAGAGAAACCAUUCAGCUGCUCGGUCUGUAAGAAAGCCUUUACAGUGAGUGGAAGUUUACAGAAACACAUGAGAAUCCACACGGGAGAGAAACCAUUUAGCUGUUCAGUCUGUAAGAAAGCUUUUAUUCAACGUGGACAUUUACAGAAACACAUGAGAGGGCACACAGGAGAGAAACCAUUUAGCUGCCCCGUCUGUAAGAAAGCCUUUACAGUGAAUGGACAUUUACAUAGACACAUGAGAAUCCACACAGGAGAGAAACCGUUUAGCUGCUUAUUCUGUGAGAAGGCUUUUACAGAGAGCGGACAUUUAAAGGCACACAUGAGAAUCCACACAGGAGAGAAACCAUUCAGCUGCUCUGUCUGUGAGAAAUCUUUUACAGUGAGCGGAAGUUUACAGAAACACAUGCGAAUCCACACAGGAGAGAAAUCAUAUAGCUGCUCAGUCUGCAUGAAAACCUUUGUACAAAGUGCAAAUUUACAAGCACACAUGAGAAUCCACACGGGAAAGAAACCAUUUAGCUGCUCAGUUUGUGAGAAAGCUUUUACGGUGAGUGGACAUUUAGAUAGACACAUGAGAAUCCACACAGGAGAGAAACCAUUUAGCUGCUCAGUCUGUAAGAAAGCUUUUAGAGUGAGUGGACAUUUAAAGACACACAUGAGAACCCACACAGGAGAGAGGCCAUAUAGCUGCACUCUCUGUAAGAAAGCCUUUGCAGUAAGUGGAGUUUUACAUAAACACAUGAGAAUCCACACAGGAGAGAAACCAUGAAGCUGUCUAAAGUGGAGCUCCGGUCUUAAUGGAGAGCAGGGAACCUUAAUUAGGUUUGUCUUUUAAAAUGAUGUGACAUGCAAUACUCUGUGCUCUAGCUAACACUUUAUAAGAACCAUCACUAAAAAAUUGUAAAUUGAUAGUUAACCCUUGUGUUGUCCUUGGGUCAAAUUUGACCCAUUCUCAAAACUAGAGAAAUAUGAGUUUCUUUUUAACCGAAUUACACAAAAUGUAAGGACAAUUAUAAAUAUUUCAUUGCAUUUUGGGUAUUCAAUUUCAUGUCAUUUGAAAAAUUUGAAAUGGAUUUAAAACCUGACUAAACUUUAAGAAACAUGUCUGUGAUUA